ACACCAAAAAAGCCUAACAAUUCGGCGACACUGAAUUGAGCGUAACAUCUACAAUAUGCUAUACUAAACCGCCAAAUUAAGAAAUGUAGAUUCCAACAAAAGUUUACCACCAAAUCAAAAUAACGUUUCUCCUAACGGCAGGCUACGACGUCGUUUGGAGUUGGACCAUACCCACCCAACCCAAGGAUCCGUUUUGACCAUAAGUUUCAAGAAGUCAAAAUUCAUCCUCAGAAUUCAGAGCAGCUCCAAGAAUCCGAUUUGUUUAUCCAAAUACCGAUUCAUCUCUCUUUCCGCCGAUCGUCGAUUUUCAGUUUCCGCCAUGUGUAACGGUCACCACCGACCUUUGUUCAGAGGUAGCCUUCCUCCCUACCAGACCUCCGUACCGGAAAACGGCGCCGUAUCCGUUGUGGACAACCUACGGGGUCGAUUAGAGGAAACCGAGUUGCGGCUGGCUCAAGUUAGGGCUCGAGAGGCGGAGCUCAGCCGACUCUUGGAGGAAAUGAAACGAUUAGUAUCUGUGAUGGAGAUCCUCGAGAACUACCUGAAGCGGCAGUACAGCGACCGUCAAGAAUAUGUGGUUCGUCUCCUCUCCCCUGUAUCUCGAAAAUAGAAAUUCCUCUUCGCCGUCGGUGUCUAUAAUUUUAGCUGUACCAUCCAAAAACUCGUUUUGUUUACAUGCCUCUUCGCUCUUCUCAUUCUCAAUCCUCGUAGAUUGUAAUCGCCACCAAAUGUAUGGAUUUAUUCCCCCUAGAUUUCACUUGUGAAUGGAAUCGUAGAAUCGAUACCGUUAGAAUCGAGGGGGAUUUUCAGUUUUUUGAAUGAGAGCGACUUGCAAAUCGCUUAAGACGAUCAUUUUGUUGUUUCUUGAUGGAAUAUAUGGCAGUUUUCUGUAAUCUAAUUAGUCAUAUUGUAAGUAUUUCUCAGAUUAACAUUGGUUUUAAAAGGUUUUUAGACGAAACUUAUGUCAAAUUCAUCUUACUUGGGAAUGAAAUCGUGGAAUUGAUACC